CAAAAAAGGCAACAUGGAGAGUAACAAUGAAGAUCCGGAACGCCAAAAAGCUAUCGAAGACUUCCAAAAAAAACUAAUAGAACAUCGUGAGCUGGAGGCUUUGGUAAAGCAAAAUCGAUUAAAACUUCGGGAGCUUGAAACUUCCUAUGACAAAAGCGAAGAGGAUUUAAAAGCCUUGCAGUCUGUAGGACAAAUUGUUGGUGAAGUUUUAAGACAAUUGAGUGAAGAGAAAUUUAUUAUUAAAGCAUCGAGUGGCCCUCGUUAUGUUGUUGGAUGCAGAAAACAAGUAGAUAAAACUAAAUUGAAGUCGAAUGCACGUGUCGCUUUGGACAUGACAACGUUAACUAUUAUGAGGCCUUUGCCAAGAGAAGUUGAUCCUUUUGUUUUUAAUAUGUCUCGUGAGGAUCCCGGCGACAUUAAGUACAACGAGAUUGGAGGACUGCAAGAGCAAAUAAGAGAGUUGCGAGAAGUUAUUGAGCUUCCUUUAAUAAAUCCCGAACUUUUCUUGCGCGUCGGCGUAAAGCCACCAAAAGGCGUUUUGUUAUACGGCCCGCCCGGAACUGGCAAAACUUUACUUGCAAGAGCGGUUGCUAAUAAUAUUGAAGCGAACUUUUUAAAAGUCGUGUCUUCUGCUAUUGUUGAUAAGUAUAUUGGCGAAUCUGCUCGUUUGAUUCGAGAAAUGUUCGGUUUUGCGCGAAGCCACGAGCCUUGCAUUAUUUUUAUGGAUGAAAUCGAUGCUAUUGGAGGAAAACGUUUUAGCGAAGGCACGUCAGCGGAUAGAGAAAUUCAACGAACUUUAAUGGAGCUACUAAACCAAAUGGACGGCUUUGAUGAGUUGGGAAAAGUGAAGAUGAUUAUGGCCACUAACCGUCCCGAUAUUCUCGAUCCGGCUCUUUUGAGGCCCGGACGACUUGAUCGAAAGAUAGAAAUUCCUCUUCCCAACGAACAAUCCAAAUUGGAAAUAUUGAAAAUUCACGCUGCCCCUUUGUCCAUACAGGGGAGCGUCGAUUAUGACGCUGUAGUAAAACUUACGGACGGUUUUAACGGGGCUGAUCUAAGGAAUGUUUGCACUGAAGCAGGCAUCUUUGCUAUUCGAGCGGACCGUGAUUGGGUACUUGAAGAAGAUUUUAUGAAAGCAGUUCGAAAAGUUGUGGACGCUAAAAAGUUGGAAAGCAAAUUAGAUUAUAAAAAAUUAUAA